CUUCUUUAUUAUCUUCCUUUUCCUUUUUUCUUUCUCUUCUUCCAUAACACCACCAUUAUUACUACAAUUACUACUGCCAACAACCAUGCUGCGCGUCUACUCCAUUAUGCAUCUUGAGCAAGUCUGGACAAAACCUGGCGUACCAUUCGAGGAUGAAGAGUACCAUCAUCAUCAUCAUCGGCAGAAUCGAACUGAGGAAGAAGAAGGUGCCUUAUCACCCACGUUGGACGUUGUUCAUGAGGAGCCCGAGGAACUUACAGCAACCGUUGCCAAGCAACCAGAAGAGCCACAGCAACAACAAGUGCUAUCCGUUGCCACAGCAACACCCAACCCCACUGAAGCAUCGACCGUUUUUGAGCAACAAGAGCAACAAGAGUCAGAUCAAAAGAAGGAGACGGAUGACAAGGCUAACAAAGUACCUGUCAAACAAGAACAGCCUGCUCCUGUUCCUGUUGAAAAAGAAGAACCCAAAAAACAAGAAAUAGUACAUCAACAACGGGACACCAAGCGUGAUAGCAAAGUAUCAACCAUGAGCAAAGAUUCCAGCUUUGUAUUGACUACGAUCGCCGAAGAAGGAGCUGCUGCUGUUGGCGGCCAACAACGUCGUACAAGCCAGAGCAGCGGUUCCAGCAGCAGCAACCGAAGCAAACGAAGCUCCGAUUUCAGAAAAUUCAUAAGCAACAUGGCACCACCUUUGUCAAUGACAAGAACGUCCUCCAAGGACAACGACUCUUCUGCUGCCUCGAUACCACCAACCCCGAUCUCCUUGAAGCCCAGCCGAUCGUCGCAAAUCCAAGGCAAAUUGAAUAACCAGCGCAAGAACAUCGGCAAAAAGCUCAAGCGUGCCUUCUCAGGCACGAGUAACGGCAGCAAUAGAGAGAGUUCCAAGAAGCGAUCUACUUUGUAGAAAGUAAUCUCUCCCACCCCCCCAUCAUCAUUAUCAUUUAUAUAUUUUUCAAAACAACAACAGACCACUCAAACAGAACACAAAAAAAUGGAUAUCCUAUUUAUUACGUAGUAUAAUAUAAAACACCCGUCUCUUCUUCUUGUUCUUCUUUUACUCUCCUCCUUCCUAUACAUAUAUAUUCUCCUUAUGUGAUUGUAUUCAUAACUUUAUCAUAGCAUCUUUAAGUAUUAUCAUUAUUAUAUAUAGUUCUUUUAUAUAUUUUUCUUCAUUAAAAGCCAACGCUCUUUAUCUAAC